UAAUGCCGGAGGCGGGGCUCAGCAGGCGGAGUGUGUCUCAGCAGAGCAAGGUGAGGGCUGGUUGCUGAGCUGUCCCCGCAUAUUGCCUCUGUGUGCCCUCACCGUGUGCGCGUGGGGUCUGGCGCUGCUGGACUUGCUGUGGAUCUCAUAGUCUGAAGAAAUGAAGGUCUAAACAAGCAUCAGAAUCCAGCACACUCCAAGAAGAGUUUAGAUGUACAACUUUCUUCAAGGGUCAAAGGAAGGAGACCCCCAAAAUCCCAUACACUGAAGCCGAGGUUCAUAUUCUCAAUCUUCAUUUUGUUGCUAGGUUGAACGUUUUAAUCAUCCUGGCAGUAGAAGUACAUUGAAUAAUGCUGUCAGCAUGUCUGCACACUCCAUGCUCUCAGAAAGAAUUGCCAUAGCCAAGGAACUGAUCAAGAGGGCAGAAUCCCUUUCUAGAUCAAGAAAAGGUGGCAUAGAAGGUGGUGCAAAACUGUGUAGCAAACUGAAGGCAGAGCUAAAAUUCUUACAGAAAAUAGAGGCUGGGAAGGUAGCUAUUAAAGAAUCCCACUUACAAAGCACAAAUCUAACACACUUGAAAGCCAUUGUGGAAUCGGCAGAAAACCUGGAAGAAGUUGUCAGUGUUCUUCGUGUUUUUGGUUACACAGACACCUUGGGAGAAAAGCAGACUCUUGUGGUGGAUGUAGUAGCAAAUGGAGGUCAUACUUGGGUCAAAGCUAUUGGCAGAAAGGCUGAAGCGCUGCAUAACAUCUGGCUGGGCAGGGGCCAGUAUGGUGACAAAAGCAUUAUUGAGCAGGCUGAAGACUUCCUCCAGGCCAGUCACCAGCAACCAGUGCAGUAUAGCAACCCUCACAUUGUCUUUGCAUUUUACAACAGUGUCUCUAGCCCCAUGGCAGAAAAGCUGAAAGAUAUGGGCAUAUCUGUCAGAGGAGACAUCGUAGCCGUCAACUCUUUGUUAAAUCACCCUGAAGAGUUAGAAUUGAGCGAGAGCGAGUCCGAUGAUGAGGGCCAAGAACUUCUGCAGGUGACAAGAGUAGACCGAGAGAAUGUCCUGGCGCACGUUGCAUUUCCAACAGAGAUCAAGGUUGAUGUAUGCAAAAGAGUAAAUCUGGACAUUACUACUUUAAUCACAUAUGUAUCUGCCAUGAGUUAUGGAGGCUGCCACUUUAUCUUCAAAGAGAAAGUACUCACGGAACAAGCGGAGCAGGAGAGGAAGGAGCAGGUUUUACCUCAGCUGGAAGCAUUUAUGAAGGACAAGGAAUUGUUUGCCUGUGAAUCUGCUGUCAAGGAUUUUCAGUCUAUUCUAGACACCUUAGGAGGGCCAGGAGAGAGAGAAAGAGCCACUCUACUAAUUAAACGCAUCAGUGUGGUACCAGACCAGCCUUCUGAGCGUGCCUUGAGACUAGUAGCCAGUUCAAAAAUUAAUAGCCGCUCAUUAACGAUUUUUGGGACAGGAGAUACUCUGAAAGCCAUCACCAUGACUGCCAAUAGUGGCUUUGUCAGGGCUGCCAACAACCAGGGUGUUAAAUUCAGUGUGUUCAUCCAUCAGCCCAGAGCACUUACUGAGAGUAAAGAGGCUUUAGCUGUACCCUUACCAAAAGACUUCACCAAUGAGAGUGUGCACUAGUGGUAUCCUGUAAGUGUUGUCAUGGAAAUACAUUAUUUAUACCAAAGGCUGGCCUUCUCGUCCAUGUUGGGAGAAAAAAAGUUAAUAGUAAAAGUAAUAUUUAAAACUCUUAUAUGUUUAAGUAGAAGUUUUUUGUGUUCUGCCUAUUUAAGAUUGAUAAAUUAGAAAAAAAAAAAAAAACCCAAGAGACCUUAUUUAUCUCUGCAUUACAUUACAAACUACACUAUAGCAGGUAAGAACAGAAAUAUAUCUGUGUAAGGCUUUCAGUCAUCUUGUAAUGCUUUUGUUUGCUUCAGAGGGCUCAGCCUUCACCACAGGUAAUUGCAUUUCAUGGAAUGUGGCUACAUGACUCUUGACUUCAUUAAAUAUCUGGAGAAAAUUCUGA